CUGUGUGAGGACGUCUUGACGUGUCACUAGGGGACACUGAGGGAAGUUUCCGAUCUUAAACGUCUCUAGUUUGAAAACACGCUACAUGUAUGAAAUGUAGAGUUAGUUUUUGGUGGGAGCCAUGUCCCUGCUGCGGUGUGUCUGCGGCUCAACAUGCAGUGGAGGAGACACACCACCGGACUCGCUUUUAGCCUCCUUUUCGUUGUCUCGUAUUUCACGAACAAGUUUGUCCUGUCGGUGCUAAAGUUCACCUAUCCAACCUUAUUCCAAGGAUGGCAGACAUUUAUCGGGGCUGUCCUCCUUCUCCUAUCUGGGAAACUGGGAUGGGUGGAAAUGAGCCGCAUCACCAGAUCUGCAGCUCUGUCCUGGCUUCCAGGCUCAUGUCUGUUUGUGGGGAACAUAUAUGCUGGUUCCAGGGCCUUAUCACGCAUAGACAUUCCUUUUUUCUUCACUCUUCAGAAUUCCUCUCAUGUUGUUAGUUACAUAAUCGUCAAGGCUGUCCGUAGAGAAAAGAAGACACAAUGGCCCAAAUUAAUCAGCAUUUGCCUCAUGCUGCUCUCAGCGGUCAACCUUCCGUGGUACGACCCUCAGUUUGACUACAGUGGUUACCUGUGGGCUGUCUGCCAUCUGGUCUGUGUUGGUGCAUACAGGGUGUUUCAAGUUCACUACAAGUCCAGUAACCUGAGUGAUCUUGAGCAACAGUGCAUUAACUACUUGUUCAGUGUGCUGCUGCUGGCCAUCGCUGCUCAUCCAACAGGAGACCUCACAGGUGCCUUGGAGUUUCCCUCCCUGCAGUCCUACACAUUUCACGGUGGAUGCUGUGCCAGUGCUUUGCUGGGGUUUUUGCUGCUGUUGACCACAGUCAAGUUAAAAAGUGGACUGUCCCUCGAGCACUUUGGGGUUUGGAUUUUUUUGUCCAAGGUCACUGCGAUGUUCCUCUCCCCGUUUAUUUUCCACAUGGACAUCAACAUCCCGUCUCUCUUUUGAAUCUCACCAUGUCUCAGCAUGAAGAAGAGCUUGAUCCAAUCAUGUACACUACCAAUCAAAGGUUUGGACACACUUUCUCAUUCAAUAAUUAUUUUCUACAUUGUAGAUUAAUACUAAAGACAUCAAAACUAUAAAAGAAUACAUAUGAAAUUAUGUUGUAAACAAAAAAGUUAAUCUUCAGUAUUUAUCUACAAUGUAGAAAAUAAUACAAAUAAAUGAAAAGCGUUGAAUGAGGUAGUUUUGACUGGUAGUGUACAUGUGCAAUUUUCCUCAAAUACAUUACAUGUUCUCUGUUAUUACGGUGUGAAUUAUCGCAUUAUUAUAUGAAACAUUUCACAUUAUAACAAGACAAGAGUAUAUUGUUUGCCUUUUGUUAUAACAUUUGAGAUUUAUCUGUCACAAUAAUAUGAAAAUAUUAUGAGAGGAAAUUUUUUGAUGCUAAAAUGGUCAGUUUUUCCAUUUUCUUGUGUGCCAAUAAUACACUUUCAUACCUUUGUUCCUCAGUCAUCUUUUACAUUCAUUUUGGUAAUGAAUGUCUCCUUUUUUGUGCCGUUCCUCAGUGUCAGUUAUUGGCUGUUAAAUUGAUUUUUGUAACUGCUACAUGUAGGUGAAUUAUUUCCAUGUUUGACUUUCCUCCUUAAUAGUUAAAAAAAGCACCAGCGCUGUGUCCAACCUGUUUUUUUUGUUUUUUU